UAGCGCAAUCCAGCUCGCACGUCAUGACCAGUCUCCUUGAUAUGUACGCUACGGCCGGGCAGCUCGGAGAUGCCGGGAAGGUGUUCGACGAAAUGCCGGAGAGGACUGUGGCAGCGUGGAAUUGCAUGCUUUCUGCAUAUGUGCGGUGCGGUGAGGUGGAUGCGGCUCUGCAUUUCUUUGGCGAGAUGCCUGGAAGGGAUGCCGUGGCCUGGACGACAGUGAUAGCUGGGUGCGCGAAUGCUGGGAGGGCAGCAGAGGCCGUUGAUCUGUUUUGGAGGAUGAGGAAGGCAAGGGUCAAGGAUGACGCGGUGACGAUGGUUGCCUUGCUGACAGCAUGUGCAGAGCUGGGAGACCUGCAGCUCGGGCGAUGGGUACAUGCGCGUGUGGACCAAGAUGGGCAGGACCAGCGGAUAGUGUUGCUGGACAAUGCACUCAUCCAUAUGUAUGUGAGGUGCGGGGCUGUGGAGGACGCACACUGCAUGUUUCUUCGGAUGCCAAGACGGAGUACCGUCUCAUGGACUACAAUGAUCUCAGGGCUUGCGAUCCAUGGGCGUGCAGAGGAGGCACUGGAAUUAUUUCGCAGAAUGGAGGAACGUCCUGAUGGUGCAACGCUGCUCGCAGUGCUAUGGGCGUGCAGCCAUUCAGGUAAGGUUGACUUUGCAUGGAGAUACUUCGAGAGCAUGGAAAGACUUUAUGGGAUUACCCCAGAGAUACAUCACUAUGGAUGCAUGGUUGACAUGCUCUGCCGCAGUAGACGAUUGUAUGAAGCACUCGAGCUCGCGGAGACAAUGCCGUUGCAGUCUAAUGAGGCCGUGUGGGGUGCACUGCUGAGUGGAUGCAAGAGGGAGGGCAAUCUUGAGCUCUCAGCCAAAGUGGUUGAUAGAUUGAUUGAGCUACAGCCAAACCGAGCAGUUGGGCACCUUGUGCUGUUGUCGAACAUGUAUGCUGCCGUUGGACAGUGGGAGCAGGCUCAGAUGGUGAGGGAAAGAGUGGCUGCAAUGAAUUCCGGGAAGCCUGCUGGAGGAAGCUGGGUGAAUCCAAACCAGGCAAGGAUGUUGGAAGCAUGAGCUCAACCAAAGUAUUGGUGCUUUGCAUUCAAACUUGGAGGAGGAUUACAAUUUUGCUACCAUGAGGUUUUGGAGUCGAUGUUUUUAGUAUCUAGAGAAGACAAAAGGGUUGAUAUUGGCUGAAUUAAUUCCUUCUUCAGUGUAAAUUGAAAUCAACUAUUUGUUGGUACCAGCACGGUCGCUCCCAAUGUCACCUAAGAAGCUUAUUGCAUGUGCCAAUGCCAAUCGCAGCAGCAAGGUGCCAUGCAGCAUGGAUAUAUGGUGUCUCAGGGAAGUAGUCGUCAGCAAUGAAGAGUGCGCCUCCCAAUACAGAUGACAUCUUGUGCAGGUUAUGUACCAUUCUGAGCUCUGGUUCAACUGAUGCUCUCUUUGCAAAAGAAACCUGUCAUGUGGGAAUGGUUAGGUUUUACCAACAGUUCUUCUUUGAACAAAGAUUUAUCCAGCAAGCCAGUAUUUUGGUUAUUGAAA